GCUGCAUUUUAUGUUUUAUUAACGUCAAUAGAGAAAAAAAAAGAGGCUGAUGAUGGAAUGGCUGUUAUGAUGUAAGAGAUGAUAGGAACUAACUUGUUUUUUGGACCUUCCAUGUACCUAUUAAUGGAUUAAAAAGUACAAUGUGUCAUUUUUUACUAAAUACAGUAUUGGCAUUGGCAAUGCUGCAGUGUAAGAGGAAUAAAACACUUUGGGAUGUGACUAAUGGUGAAAAGGCAGCACUGGAGUUUCUGGAGAGUGGGAGUCAUUUAAAAAUUUUAAUCAUUAUGUGCAUUAUGUUAUUAUGUAAUCCUUAUGUUGUUGUUGUUGUUGUUAUUAUUAUUUUAUUUUAUUUUAUUUUUAAACAAAUCUCUUGAAGGCUAAUUCUACCCUGAUGUUUUACAUGCAUUUUGUUUGUGUGUCCCAAGCAGCCCAGGUAUGAAUUCUUUACCACCUAUACGAGAAGACAGGAUCAUCCGUGAGCUCCCACUGUAUUUUAACAGAGAUGCUGCAGUGCACACCAAAGCCGACUUCCACGUUACUGUUCAAAAUGCAAGUCAGAGGUCAGACUCACUGAGAUUCACCGUAGCCAAAGUCAUAGUUGUGGGUGAUGUCGCUGUGGGGAAAACAAGUUUGAUCAGCAGGUUUUGCAGGGACACUUAUGAGAAAGGCUACAAAGCCACCAUUGGAGUGGACUUUGAGAUGGAGAGGUUUGAAAUCCUGGGAGUGCCUUUUAGUCUGCAGCUGUGGGAUACUGCAGGUCAGGAGAGGUUUAAAUGUGUUGCUUCCACCUACUAUAGAGGAGCACAAGCCAUCAUAGUGGUGUUUGACUUAAGCAACUACUAUUCCCUUGACCAUGCAAGGCAGUGGCUUGAAGAUGCCAUGAUAGACAAUGAUCCUUCCAGUGUGUUGCUCUUCCUCGUAGGGACGAAGAAAGACCUGAGUCCUCCAGAUGUGUUGGCUCAAAUGGAGCAAGAGGCCAUCAGGUUAUCAGAGGAGAUAAGAGCCGAGUACUGGGCCGUGUCUGCUUUGUCAGGCGAGAGUGUGAGGGAUUUCUUUCUCCGGGUUGCAUCACUGACCUUUGAGGCACGUGUAUUAGCUGAACUGGAGAGGAACAAUAAUAAACAAGUGGACGGUAUUGUUAAAAUCACGGAUCACGAUGAUGACAAAACAUUAAAGAAGAAGCAUGCAAACUGCUGUAGCUAAGAGAACUGAGAAGCAGGACCCGUGUGUGUGCAUGAACAUCUCAGGACAGAGACAGAAUCACAGAUCAACACAGCGUGACUACAGACUGCGGCAUCGGACACAAUCUCCAGCGCUACUGAAGCGCGUGACCUUGUUGAGCUGCUAAUCCUGAAGCUGCAGACUAUGAGCAGAGGAUUGGGCGUUUUUUUCCCCCCACAAUAAAGGACUCUUGGCGAGAAAAUCUCCUGAAAUAUUUUGCUGAGUUUUGCCACACUGCUGUGCAGGGACUUAGAAAUUUGAAGUUGCUUUAUUUAAUAUAAAGCAGUUUUGUCAUUUGAGUACAUUUUAACUAAAGAAAAGCUGUUUUGCAAAGUGAAAAAUGUCCCUCAGUCUGAAUCAAUAUUAUAAUAUAUAGAAAGUAUACUACAUUAUAUGCAUGUCACUUGUCACUAGUUUUUCAACGUCUAGGUUUUUAAAAUUCUGUUUGUUUUAUAUGAGAUUUGAAAUGUCCUUCUCUACAACAGCUUUAUUUCCUAUCAGGAUGAGCAGCUACAUUUAUGUACACUGGUUUAAUUAUUGCAAAUUUAAAAACAAAACCUAAAUAGCAAUAAUCAUAGUACAGUGAAUGCAGAGUUGUGUAUGCACAGACUGCAUUAGAUGUUAUAUCAUCCUCCUUAAAGGCUCUUUGAGGAUUUUGCACUGGCAGAUUUUAAGUGAAGUCUUUGUUUUCUUUACUGCAUCAUGUGUUUCUUUGUCUAAUAUGAGACACACGCUAGUACCCGUGACCAGAAACUGCGGAUCACUGGAUUCCCAGCAUGAACAUAAUGGAGGGAUUAUUUCGCAGGGCAUGGAAUUACAGAAAGCACAGUGACAAGGAUUUUCAUUCAGGUGUCUAACAAAUAGUAUAAGAGUUUGAUUGUAAUUGUGACAUUAAGGUGAUAUGCAUUAAUGCAUGGUCAUAGAAGCAAUCAUAUUAUGCAACAUUAAAAUGUUAUGCCAAUCAUUUUGUAGGCUAAAAAUAAUGCUAUAUAUUCUGGGCUGGUCUUGUUUUGGUUACAUCUUCUGUUUCUUUGCAUCGUUGCUAUAAAAAUACCAUGCCAUACCUUGGUGAAUGAUUAAAACAAGACAUUACAAUUAGAAAUGCGGUCACAUCAGUCAAGUGUAGUAGUAAAAAUGUCAAAACUCAGCAGUAAUAUGUUUAUUUCACUGUUUAUGUCCACAUGUGACCACUGCAUCAUCUUAAAAUGAGCAAAAUUGGAGAAGGUUUAUGUUUUGCCCACUUUGGCACAUCCUUGUCUUUUGAUCAUGUACCU